GGGUGGUUCGAGACGCAGGCAGCUUCGGUCAAGCAGCCUGAGAUCAGGCCUCGCCCUUGUCAACCACGGUGAUAGGCGUGAGCAGGAGUUGUCGAGUCGAGUUAGCCCUAGUCACUGGCAGCCGCUGCAGGUUUGUUCGGGUAAUGGCACGCGUUGGCAGGCCGCGGCCUUGCUGUGGGCGGGCGAGUUGUUAACACGGCUUCGAUCGCUUCACGCUCAGGCGUGCAGACCCACUGAACGGGGAGGGGAUCGCGCUGACGCACACGGUGCAGCUUUGCCACUGCACAGCGCUGGCGGCCGCUUCCCUGGCCUUCGUGAGCCUCCCGGCGGGCUUCCCUGCGCACCGGUUCUGGGAGGACGCUCAGUACCCCGGGGCGGAGGCGCGGGAGCUUGGUAGGUGACAGGUCUUCGUCGGCAUCGUCGUCACCGUGCCCGUGCUCCUCGCCCCUGCGUCCGUGGACGAGUGCCAGCCAGGCACGAGUUGAGCAGCACCCGGGGAUCGGAGAUCACCGCGGUGCCUGCAUGCACUUUCUACCUGGCAGGGGUGCUGAGCAUUCGGGAAGCAUUACGCUGCGCGAUUGUUCGGUCAUGGCGAUCGGGAGACCAUAUGUGGCGUUGAGCUGGGCAGCAGCGACGGCAUGAUCGCUAUCUGCAUUGACUGUGUGGUCACCGCCCUGCAUCUGUUGCUGCCCAUCUGCUGGAUUGUCAUCGCUCCCAUGGAGGUGAUUGCGGUCUUGGCCUACAUCGUGCCCGCGCUGCUGCUUGGCAGCCCGACCGCAAACACGGUGCCGUACACGGUCAUCGAUCUCCUCUCGCUCACAGUGUUCGCGGCCAUCGACGUUUGCCGCGCGACGCGAGGACGGCGGGCGUUCGAGAGGCAGAAGCGCCAGCUGUUCGCGGGCUUUUUGGCGGAGAAGCAGAGGCGCUUCCAGGCCGAGCUCCAGCUGUCUAGGGUGACCAACGGCGAGGCCGCGAGGGCGGAGGACCUCGGCUCCGAUCGGUCCGCCCUGUCGCGCCCUGGGGCGACGAUGAGCGCAGCUGCCUUCAAUAGCAGCGUGGAGCACGCGUCGCUGGACCAGGUCCACGCCAUUGGCCGCCGAGAGCAGUGGCUGAUCGAGGACGGCGAGCUGGAGCUCUUGCCCGACAGGGUGCUCGGCGAGGGUGAAUUCGGCAUUGUCGCUUUGGGGUCUUACCAGAACGCACCAGCGGCUGUGAAGGCGCCGAAGGGAAGCGUCAAUGAGUAGUGCGCCA